AAUGUCAGUUGUAGUCAGCGAUUCUGCCAUGGAGCGAGGAAAGUUCGUCUGUUUCCUUUUUGUGGUCUCCCUUACUUUAUCACUCGUUAAUGGGACGUACGACAAGGAAAGAGAUGCCCUACUGAAGGGAACGUUCCCGAACGACUUUAUCUGGAGUGCAGGUACGGCAGCGUACCAGGUAGAAGGUGCCUGGAACACCAGUGGGAAAGGUCCGUCCGUCUGGGAUACUUUCGCACACCAAGGCAACGUAAACAGUCAACAUACAGGUGAUGUUGCCUGUGACAGCUACAACAAGUACCCUGAGGAUGUGCAGCUGAUGAAGCAGAUGGGACUGAGGUACUACCGCUUCUCCAUCUCAUGGCCCAGGAUCUUCCCUACAGGUCAGAGUUCAUUCCACAAUCAUUUAUCCCAAACGACCAAGAAGCAGGCUGUUCUCCCUAUCGAUAUCGCAGAACGUCAAAUUAUUUAAUACAUGUACAACGGUUGUGAAAGUAGCAGAAUAGAGGGAAUAGAGGACAUUCGUAAAAUAAGUGGCAACUUACUAAGACUAAUGUUCAUAAAAUCUCAAGGGAUUUCUCUGCGUGGGAAGAUACAAGGUAACUUAACAUGCAUGAUACGUGCUUGAAGUGUAGGUAGAUGUAGUAGUUCAUUUGAGUCGUUCAUUUGGACACCGAAUGAACUCACUGGGGAUCAUCCCAUUAUCUGUCCAGAGUAAGGAUAUCUUAUAAAGAUGGGUCAGCAGCUCCUUCUAUCUUUGAUAAAUAGCAGCCCUCCGUCGUCAGACAUACCCUGUACGCACGCAUGCAGCCACACUUCGCAGUUCAGAUUCAAAAAUCUGUACGUGUCGGAAAGCUGUCAGGGCUUUGUGUGAUUCAGACGGAGAUCAACCUUCUUUACUGUUUACGUCAGAUACGCCUUGGGAGCGAGUGCCCUUACGGCAAUAGUUAUUGAUAGGGUUACGUUUUUACAACAAACGUUGACGACAUUUGAGACACUGUGUAUAUACACACAUACCAGAACGUUUCAAAAGUCACUAACUGCUGUACAAAUGUUCUCAACGUUUCUAAACCCAAUACUUGCACUACAAACGAGCUCCUGGUCUUUCAUGUCCACUGUUAAUUGGCGUGACGGGGUAAUUCAAACAUAGAUGGAAGGAACGCUAAUACAGACAUAUCUGUGCAAAUGACCGUCUCUAGAUUCUCUAUAUUAAAACAAGGACCACUUGGUCAAUUUGGCCACUUUUGGGUUAUUCUUUAGAUUAUUUUAAGUAUUAAGGCAUGCAGAAAGACCCCUGUCUAUUGAUAGUUACCA